AUGGAUCCUGAUGUGAGAAGGAUCCUGAAUAGGAACUACAUGUUGAGAAGGCAGUCCUUGGUCAUCCAGGAUCAUAAAAUGUUACAGAAAAGGCGCCUGGAGGAAAGAGAGCUUUGGGAGCUCGAGCGGGAAAAACGCCUCAUUUUGGAGGGAAAGAUGGGGAUCGACGAAGCUCCCUACAUAGCUGAUCAUCCAGUCUUUGUUGUCUCCAAAAUGACGAGCUCUAUGCUUGAGGAAACCAAAAUUAAGGUAGCGGAGAAGUUAAAGCCGAAACUCUCCAAGGGAUUCGACUUUGACCAGAUGAAGGGGUGUGACGGCGACAGUGAUGAUGAACUUCCGGUGCCUCUGGACCAGGAGGAACUGGAGAAGGCGAGGAUUCUGUGGGAAAUGGAGAGGAAGAUUGAACAGGGAGAGAUCUUCUCACAAGAAGAAUAUGAAAAGACAAAGUAUGAGAACCCACUAGUGAAGAAAAUGAGGACCAUUGAGUCAGUCAAUGAACUCUAUGACCUAGCUGACGAGAUUCUCGGCCCAGUGGUUCACCAUCAUAGACGAAAGAAGCCUCAAGGCUAAUUAAAAUGUCAGAUGAUUCAUUCCUUAGUUAUCAAAAAAUAUUCUUUAAUUCAAA